UCCAACAUCCCACGUCCUCAGAGUCGCAAACCGUUUUAUGGUUUAUUGCUCGUUUAUGUUCGCAGUUUCAUUUCUUCUCUAAAAACAGCCGUAGAACUGUAUCGGCAUGAUGGACUCAGGUGAUGUGUUAAUGUCAUUUCCACCCAUGUGAGGCUCUCCAUAGACGGUGUGAUCUUGUGUUUCAUAGGUUAACGUAGUGCUGGGCUUUCCAUCCAGACAUCGUAUACCAGUAGACUGUCGAGGGAUGCUACCGUCGACGUAUCUAAGAGGAGACAACGCGGCUUUAUAAUUUGCCUACUACCGACAGCUUUCUGUUCCGGUAUCAGGAUUUCCUGUUCGUUGAUUGAGGAAACUUGUAUAGAGCUGUGCCAAACCAGGAGGCUAAUCAUGAGACGAACACUGGUACCAAAGAGUGAAUCCUGUACAGACUUUCUGGUCGCCAGAGUCAUCGUUUUUCACACCUCCCUCGAACAACUGGGAUUUUAAGGCUUCCUAACAACAGGCAAGAUAAGACUGUAUUCUGGUCUCGCAAUAAAGUAUGUUAUCUGAGAAUGAUCCUGGAGAGCUAUAGUCCAUGAUAUGCUCCCAGGAGUGACAAUUUUUAUUUGUUUCAAACACGUCUUCAGGAAAUGAGACUAUACCAAAAUGAUAACGUUAACCACUUCCGAGACUGGCUGUUGCUACCAAGGUUGUGAAUUUUGGCCGGGUGCAGAAGGCGAAGACGAAACUUGACGAUGUAGUGCCUGUCGUUCGUCGCCACAUCUUGUGCCAAAUUUUCCCGGCCGCAGUUCUGCGGUAGUUUAAAUGAACAGGAGAACUGUACUGCACCAGGGAAAUUAUUUUUGUCUGAGCUGGCUGAGAAUUCAUUAAGCUUAACUUGAGCCUGAAACCCGCGGUGCCGUGAUAUCGGAACGAGACCAAACAAACAACGGACACGUUUCAAGAGCGAUCUGAGGUACACUGGACUAAUGUACUAGGCUGAGGUAGAUUAAGGCUUACUUAAUUCUGCGCUACCAGGUCCGUUGCAUAAGAACUGGACGCCUUGCUAAUAACCUCUAGCGCUGAACAGAAACGACAUGUAUUAUAAUAUAUAUUAGUUUGGAACUGACCGGGAAGAAAAUUAAGGCGACCCCAGUGAGAAUAGACCUAUUCCCCAUUUGAGACAGAUCGGGUCGCUUCUGUACGCGUCGUGCAAAGUGUCUGCUACUGAAAUCGCCACAGGAUCUACCUCCCUAGUAGUGUGACUGUUCACCAAUAAGAUAAACCGACUUCAACAGGUUUGAAAUUCUCCACCAUUCAUCAAGCCAGACGAAUUCGAUCUCUUGACGCAAGAGUUUUGCAUUAUGGUAAAAGAAAUAUACCACAUGUGAUACAACAACAACAGUUAUUGACUUUUCGCCUUAAACCAGUGUCUCGCUUAUUGGCUUCUGACCCGUCGUGAAACUGGUAGGAAAUUUCCGUAAAUCUGAUCUGUGGAACCGCUGUAUGAUGAACUGUCAUUUACUUUCUGUGCCUCUUGUUGAUUCAAGAGUUUUUGUGCUUGACAACAGCCUUCUGUAGGCAGUGGCUAGAUUAGACUAAGGCAUAUGGCGAAUAACAGCACGGCGUUACGAUAUGAAAGUGGUACCACGACAUUUAUUGCCUGGCAAAACAUGUCAGCGAAUGGCAGUGAUCUGGGGAAUUCGUCGAACGUUACAAACUCGUCGGAAAUACCGACGACGGAAAGCCCGGACUCCCCACAGCAUUACCAACUAUGGCUGCAGAUCAUCAUAUCCUUAAUACUGAUCGUUCUUAUCGCGGGGACCAUAGUAGGCAACUCUCUGGUGUGUAUAGCCGUGGGUAUAGUCCGGAGGUUACGGACUCCUUCUAACUUGCUCAUAGUGUCCUUGGCCGUGUCAGAUCUACUAGUCGGCUUGAUGGUCAUGCCUUUUGCGUUACCAUACGAGGUUCUUGGAGCUUGGCUUCUCGGACCCACUGUGUGUGACAUGUGGACUUCCCUGGAUGUGCUACUAUGUACCGCAUCUAUUCUUAACCUGUGCAUGAUAAGUGUGGACCGCUACUUUGUGAUAACCCGGCCGUUUCAGUACGCGAUGAAGCGUACCCCGAAAAGAAUGGCCAUCAUGAUCACGAUGGUAUGGGUGGCUUCGGCUCUCAUCAGCAUCCCGCCCCUGUUCGGCUGGAAAUCCGACCAGAUGCUAAACCAGUGCGUGCUCAGCCAAGAACUAGGAUACCAAAUUUAUGCAACAUUAGGUGCCUUUUACCUCCCUCUCACUAUUAUGAUAGUUGUAUACUACCGCAUUUGGAGGGUUUCCUCAAGAAUUGCUAAGCAGGAGAGGAAAUCCUCUAACAUUGGUAAUCUAGACAAGCAACGCCCUACAGAAAAUUUGCUAAUUCCACGACCUUCCAAAUCAUCCAAGGGAAGCGUUGACAGUUCAUUUCUUCCAAAUGGAACGCUGCGCAAUGGCGGCAGCGACAAGGACGACGAUAACCAUACAUUAGAAAUAUUGCCAAAGAAAUCAAGCACUGGGAGACGCUUCACCAUCAAGCAGCUGCUGUUUAAAGGCAGUCAACAGAACAAGUCUGCCGUAUCGUCGAAGGACAGAAAAGCAACGAAAACCCUUGGCGUGAUCAUGGGAGGGUUUACUCUCUGCUGGCUUCCAUUCUUUAUCUUAGCAGUGUUGCGACCGUUCUGUAAACCCGAUGCUAUUCCUCCUUGGCUCUCCAGUAUUUUUUUGUGGCUUGGCUAUGCCAAUUCAUUUCUGAAUCCGGUAAUCUACGCACGUUUUAAUCGGGAGUUCAGAACUCCAUUCCGGGAAAUUCUGUGUUGUCGGUGUACCCGGAUAAACGUGCGCUUAAACACCGAGUGUUAUAAUGACAUGUACGGCAAAGGGGCUGAACACACGAUGAGAGACAGCCUCAAGCCACCAAAGAGCACCAUUGUGAGAUACGAUAGCCAAGGGCAGACGAUCGUACAGUUGGGGAACGGCUCGGCGAACUCAGAAGGUGAAACGAAAAUAUAAAAUACUCGUUUUCAGUGAAUGCGUUGUGCCGAAAUCAAAAACCAGACUCACAGUGUUAUGGGAUGUGCAGCGAAUAAAAUUCUCAAGUGUUCCCAAGCACUGAAUGGGAUCGUGAUAGGACGUCGAAUCUUCGGGCCUCAGAAAUAUCUUCACGAAACGCCUGUCAUGUGCUGGGAGGGCCGGUGUCAAUAAAAUACUGCUGAGAUUAGAGCACCUGGGGAAGUGUCUCUUCAUUUUUGGGGAACUAACAUGGUGGAUACGGCUUCCUCGGCCUGGUCCCCGGAUAACCCUAACCCUAUGCCCUACCUAACUCUCCCUAGCUAACUUUCUCGUCUAUCACGAUCUCACACGUGACCGCCUAGCCGUGCAGUCACGAAUUGUCUCCCUUUGUGAUAUGUGUGAAUAUAUAAAUGUGAAUGAAUAACAUAAUAUAUAUAUAUUAUAUAUUUAAUUAAUAAAAGGACGUGGGCUGGUCCUAUUUGUACAUGUCGACUAAAAUGACCGUUUUUACCACUCAAUAGCGUGAUAAUUGGAGAUUAUUAGAGUUUCUGUUUUGUCAGUGACAUAUUAAUGCCAAACGAGUAGUUCUUUUAUAUAGAAUGGAUCUAACAAAUAUCCCUGAAUCUGCUACCAAAAUGUCUCUCACGGAUAUGCUGUAUAUAGUGUACAAACUACUGUUUUGCCGCGCUCAAGUUAACGUUUGUUGUCUUAGGCAGCGUUAUUCUAAUUUAAUGUAAUCCGUACCAGUAUGUUAUAAAGUCACGGGUAACAUUAAUGUUAGAUAGUUGUGACUUACAGAACAGAUUUAUUUAUUUACAUAUGUGCCAGAAGUUACAUCCGGUUUUCUUUCGGAAAACGGAAGUCCCGCUCAGUCGUUGUUGUUGUUGUUCAUCAGUCAACUUCAUUAGUGAACGCUGUUUACUUCAGUCCUGCAGCAGUUUGUUAUGAGCUUCCCUUUGUAGACUUACAUAGACAGGGUACCCGUAUCGGACUUACCUCGUCAACACAUCUAAUUAUUCACUUAUAUAUUUUAAAAUUUCACACCCUUGAUUGAUAGUGCUAGAGUAUUUUGUACAUAAAUGAAGUACAAAUGUCAUUGUGUAAAAAUAGUAUUUUUCUUUGGCCAUGUACCAAUAUCUUUUUACAUCGUCUUACCCUGUUCUUCUUUUUUUGUGUUUCUGUUUCUGUGUUUGGCGUUGCUACACUUUAUAUGUAGAUUGAUAUACCACUAGACUGUGAUCAAAACAAUUUACAUAAUAUCGCUGUUAGUUGUUAACAAAAGAAUCGCUACUUAAGUUAUCGGUUUACAGCUGCUUAGAGCUCGGAUGACGUCAUCAGCACACAGCCAUCAGAUCACUGGCAAGAGUUUCUAUGUAUAAACUGUUAUUUAAAUUCACUCAGUCUAUUUCGCCAUGUGGAUAUAUCAUUCUCUUGAAACCACUGGCAUGUUCGAAAAGAUCAUUCUGUAGACAAAUAUAUCUGUCCAUUACAGCCAAGUAUGGUACCUUGCAAAUGACAGGCGGCCUGUGCAUAUUAGCUAAUACUUUCACAGUUAUCCAGUUUGGUGACCGAUCUAUAUUAACUAGAUCUACAAAUAAUGACUAAUGUGCGAUUUGUAGCAUUUCAUGUAUUUCAGUUACACACGAAGGGAAGAACAUUUCGAUGAUUGCCCAUGCUCGCUAGAAUUUCUUUUUCGUCGAUUUCUUGGCAAAUUAUGAUUUUCAAUACAAACGAUGUUUUUUCAAUAUAAAUAAAUUCCAAUUUACGGCAUUUGAAACUGCUUCAUUCUACACGUAAAAAACACAUGCUAAUUUCGUUCUCUACAAUUGAAUCCAUCCUUGUUUUAUUGACCUCCAUGAUGGUUAACCAGACUCUUAGUACAGCUCCACGAGACCGUGUGUAGCCGUACACUGACCGGGAUCCUAUUUCCCAUUUGUAGAACGACUUUCAUAAGCACCUUGGACCGUAAUUUUUCGCGAAAAACCUGGCAUUACAAAGCUUAGGUUUUCUGGAUGUGUAUUUUUUGGCAGAUCACACGUUGCUGACAAUCGUUUUUAAAGAUGUUUUCAAGACAGGAAAUAUUUCUUGGCUGACAACUGGGUGUCAGAAGCUCCCCCAGGUAGCUUGACGAUCUCGGGCACUGUUCCAAGCAGCUACUCCGCGGCUGCUAGAAACAACCUGGUUUUAACAUCUCCCGUCUUGUGAUCUUCCAUUCCGUUUAGGGGUAAACAGGCGCUGGUUUGAAGUCAUGAACCACUUCAAACACUCUGAUAGCGGUGACUCGCAUGUUAGGGAAUGUCAUCGUUAUCACGGAGAAACUGGCCAGCGGUUCGCCGCACACCUCGAGGAGUGAUGUAGUGUUUGUGUAGUGAAAUACCAAUUAAUACUAAUUCUUGUCAAAUAUUUUACUGAUUUUAAGAAUAUGCCAACGAUCUCCUAGGCAGUAAAAUACCGUUAUAAAACCACAGGGCCUGUUUUGAACGCGAGCUUUAGAACUCAUGUUUAGAGUAACUUCUGAUACAUGACUGCCUCUUGUCUGGGCAACUAGAACAAGCUUGUCAGCGUUCUGCGGUAGUUUUCGUAUUCCGAAAAACGUACACACACACACACA